GCGAGCUUACUUCAAACCAGAGAUCGUCACGUCACUCCCAGAACCGAGACUCCCGGGUGUAAUUUGCUGACUGGGUGGCGAGUCUGGCGAUGCUGAAGGCGCCAAUUCUGAUUGGGGAUACCAUUUCUUGCGCUCAAAGACACCUCUGCCACCUCCCCCGCCACCGCUAUCUCCAGCAAAUCCCAGAGCCGACGCGCAAAAUACGAAGUGUGAUUGGAGACCGAGCUGAGUGUCAAUUGUGGGUAUGGCAAAUUCAAUGUGUCUAGUUUUGACGUAAGGGAGGAGACAGGGCAUCAGAAUCUGGAAGUGUCGUGGGACAUUCGACGAAAAAGGAGGGAAGGAAGAAAGAAAGCGUAACGUUGUUGAGCAAAUCUAUUAACGGGUCGGAUCGGAUCAUCUGAAAGCGUGUUGUGUCCUUUUGGUUUAAAUCCAGGGGCCGUUUGGUACAAACUAGCGGGAGAGAGUAGUAGAGAAGCCUCGCUUUGCUGAUUGCUUAUCAAACGGAGGAUUUGGUUUGAGGAUUGUGUCGAGAAGGUGUUGUUUGCGGGGAUUUUUCUCCUGCGGCGUGGGUUGCUAGCCCAGCAGCGACAAAGGUAGGUUUGUUGCUGCGUGCUAGCAGCUACUGCCGAGGGGGCUUGCAUUGUCGCGCGAGCGGAAGUUCGAAUCGGUACUCAGGGGCGAGGAGGAAUGGGCGUUUUGUCGAACAGAGUUCUGAAGGAGGACCUCUUGCCUGGAGACCAUAUCUACUCCUGGCGAUCGGCCUAUACUUAUGCGCAUCAUGGAAUCUACUGCGGAGGGAAUAAAGUCGUACAUUUUACGAGGGGACGGAAUGAGGAGUUAGGAACUGGAAAUCAGUAUCUCGAUGUUUUCCUUGCAAGCUCAAGGCCUGACUCAGCUACACACAGUUGCACGGAAUGCGGUAUGCACGGAGAGAGCAAUGGUGUUGUUGAGUCCUGUCUGACUUGUUUCUUGGCCGGUUGUCCUUUGUAUCGGUUUGAGUAUGGGGAGAAAACAAUAACUUUCUUGGCGAAAGCGCGGGGAGGAACUUGCACGCUGGCUGAGACUGACCCAGCCGAAGUUGUCCUUCACCGUGCGGAGUACUUACUAAACAAUGGCUUCGGAUGUUAUCAUAUCUUUCAUAACAACUGUGAGGAUUUUGCCAUCUAUUGCAAGACGGGCCUUCUGGUAGUCGAAAAGAAUCUCAUUGGGCGUAGUGGUCAAGCUGCGUCGGUAUUUGGUGCUCCUUUCGCUGCGGUGAUUUCGUCCCCUUUGAGGUUCAUGAUGGCAAACCCCUGGGGCGCAGCUGCGGUAUCAGCAGGAGUGUACUUCUUUUGUAGAUAUGCAACUGAUAUCGGUAUUAGGAAAGAUGUAGCGAAAGUUGCUGUGGAAGAUUUGGCGGUUAAUCUGGGUUGGUCUCAGGUGGCUGCUUUGGGAGCUCUGGACGCAGCUCGUACUGGAAGUGUCUCUGUCCAAGGUUUACCAGGCCCAUGCUUGCUAGCAAUUGAAGCUGCAGUACCCACGCAUGCACAGGUGGCAGACGUCGCUGAUUCUAAGGAGUUACUCGAAGUCGACCAUUGCAAAAACUCUUGAGACGGUCCCAGUGAUUACAGUAAACGCCACCUUUUCUCUUCGAAGUAGUAAAGAGCUGUUUUGGGCACUCGUAGCACUUCCAAUAUAGCUGACCGUUUGCAGAUUUUGAGGAAGCGUUGGGAAGAAAUUCGGAGCUAAAAUGUAGUGCUAUGACGAAUAUUUAAAGCCCAAUAUUUUUAUUUGCAAAUUUUUUUUACACUUCACAUUUUUGCGCUUUACGUUUAGCUGAUUUUUUAGACUCACGUAAUUCUAGCAGCAACUUUGUCGACGAGUGAGGGAAUGUGCUUUAGCUUUUGUACAUAUACAUAUAUAUAUUGGGGUAUGGAUAUGCCGUCCACAUCUUAAUUUAGAAUUACACAUUUACCAGCAUAUUCCUUCUACAUUGUAAAGCCCGCUUUUUAACGGGCUAAGAUUAUAGUCGCAACUCAAUUUUGUAGGGAUGUAUUUUUCUCACAUGUUCGUUCAUUCCGUAAUGGUGAACCGUCGUUCAUUAUU